CACGCACAUAUUUAUAAGUCACAAAAGUUUGUGCGUCUGUUUCGAUGUUCGACCUGAAAUAAAAAGAAUCCGUCAACCUCUUGUCUCACGCAUUCUAUAGUUAGAAUUCCCACCAUAAAACACACCAGAAAUUCCAAAUUAAAAAACAAAUACAAAAACAAAAACCACCAGACUCUCCAAUACCACCUUUAAUUUAUCGUCCAAAUCAAAAAAACCACUUUUCAUUUCUCGUCCCAAAACCACCUUUAAUUCCAAGCCCACAAACAUCCGAAAUAAAUUUGAAAAACAAAAACUGUUUUUAUUUUUGGCUAAAAGGUUUUCCUUUUCUCCCGUUCGAUUUUGCGUCGACCGUUGAUUAAUUGUUGUGCGGCCGUGAUUUUGACGGUGGUCGGAGGCGAGGAGGGUCCGUUCGAUCAGGAGCGUACACGUGUAGGGUGGUGGUGUAGAAAUGGGGACGGAGAUGGUGGGAGUCACGUGGGGCACGUGGGAAGAGCUCCUCCUCGGCGGCGCGGUGCUCCGGCACGGCGCCCAAGACUGGGACACCGUCGCCGCUGAGCUCCGAGCUCGAGCCCUUUGUCCGUACACUUUUACCGCCGAGGUGUGUAAGGCCAAAUAUGAGGACUUGCAGAAGCGUUAUUCUGGAUGCAAGGCUUGGUUUGAGGAGCUAAGAAAGAAGCGAAUGGAAGAGUUGAGACAUGCUUUAGAGCUUUCCGAAGGCUCAAUAGGAUCUCUCGAAUCGAAACUUGAAACUCUCAAGGCUGAGAAAGGUGGCGAAUCCCACAUCAAUUAUGCCUCUGGCCAGACAGAAUUGCCUGCGGCUUCACAAAAAUCGGGAGGAUUCGAGUCCUUUAGUAAAGAGACAUCCAAGGACGGGCUUUCCGCUGGCAGUUUCACUCUGGAAACCAGAACAAGCUGCUCAGCUGAAUGUGGCAAUCCAUGUCCCGAAGAGACUGAGACAAAACCUGAAGUUUUGCGCUCUCUCGAGCAGGGGAAAGUCUCGAUCGCCGGGAGUUUUGUUGACAAUGUACAUGGAAGACAAGGAGGGAUGCUAAAGAAGAGGAGAGGGAAAAGGAAGAGAAAGGAUUGUAGUAGCAAGGAAGUCAAGGAAAGUAGUGUUGGAGAAAGUGGAUUUUUGGAUUCAGCCGAUGCUGUAACCGCCUUCUGGUCUAAAGAAAACUCGACCAGUGACUGCACUGAGGUCUCGAGAUCUUCCAUUUUGGAUAACCAAAUUAGAGUGGCAAAUAAGGAUGGGAUUGAUGAUCUGUUGAAUGUCUUCAACACCAUUGUGGAGCACAAAUGCGGCUCUACCUUUCGCCGCCGACUUGACAGCCAGAAGAGAGGAAGAUACAAGAAAAUGAUUAGGAAGCACAUGGAUUUCGACACUCUAAGAUCAAGAAUUAUUAGCCGUUCGAUCACUUCAGUUAAGGAACUCUUCCGAGAUCUUCUGCUGCUAGCUAACAAUGCCUUGGUUUUCUACUCGAAGAAUACGCGUGAAUACAAAUCUGCUUUGCUUCUCAGAGAGCUUACUACCAACACAUUGCGCCAGCAUUUCACUACUUUUAGCAGCCUUGGCAGCGGCAAGGCUGCCUCUACCAAACUCUCCGCCAUGACAACAACAAUCCGCAGUCCUCCGGUCAAGCCCUGGAGUGCUCACCCAGUCGACAAAAACCCGUCGCUAAAGACGGGGGCCAAGGAUGUCACCAAGGCUCCGAAAAAGGGCCUUAGUCAGCCGAUAAGAGUUGGGCGUAAAAGUAACACUCAGCAACAAAGUGUUACUCCUGUGAAAGGAAGGAAAGGUGGUAGGACAAGGUAGGAUAAAAAUUGUAAAUUGGUUUUUCUGUUUUUUCUUUUUCAAUGCCGGGUUUAGAUUUACGAAGGCGCGUCAAUGCCUAUAAAGUCUGCUUUUAAGGUCUUUGUUGUACAAAAUUUGGGACCUUUUUUUUUUUUUUUUUUUGGUUCUCAUUGUUUUAUAGCAUCAAGUCUUUAAAGCUUGAACUGCAAAACUUGUAGAGGCCUGAAACCAGUUGGAGAAACUAAGAAUAUGUAGAGCAGUUGAUCCUCUGAAUGGAUAAAGAACUUAAUGAUGACUUUUAUAAUUUCAACUAAAAGGAAAAAUUGCUAAAAGUCUUGUACUUACGUUAACAGAUUUUAUGAGAUGAUAUUAUGGG